CCUGCAAAAUUCACUUCCUUCAGUGAAAAAUCCGCAAAAAUGAUAAAUCGAAGAAUUGUUCCACUUCGGAGCUUAUUGAAAACAUUUCAUCGGACUUACCACAAUGAGGGCAACAUCCUGAAAUUAGCUGACCGUGGCUUUUUUCAAGACAUUUUUCCAGCGGAAUAUGUAAACAAGGCAAAAAAGCUCUUGACAAGUGGUCCUCAGCACAUUUACGCCGGAUUUGAUCCCACAGCUGACAGUCUUCACAUUGGAAAUUUGCUCGUGCUUGUCGGGCUCCUUCAUUGUCAACGUUCCGGGCAUAUUCCAAUUGCUUUGUUAGGAGGUGCCACAGGUCAAGUCGGGGAUCCUUCGGGACGAAAAACGGAGAGAAAUGUCCUUGAACAAGACAGACUUCAUCAUAAUCUCGCCUGCAUCCGUCAACAAGUCUCCCGAAUUUUCGAAAAUCACAACGAAAUCUUCUGGCAGGGACAGGAAAAAGAAGAAUUGAAGCCCGUGAUAAUCGUCAAUAACGCCGAUUGGUACAAAAAGAUCAAUUCCAUCGAAUUUGUCACCCGAAUCGGUCGAUAUUUCCGCAUGGGCGAAAUGUUAUCCCGAAGUUCCGUGCAAUCUCGCCUCAACAGCGACUCGGGCAUGAGUUUUACGGAAUUUACGUACCAAAUUUGCCAGGCUUACGAUUGGUUGCAUCUUUACGAGACCUACAAAUGUCGCUUUCAGCUCGGUGGCAGCGAUCAAAUGGGCAAUAUCAACUCGGGCCACGACUUGAUCAGCAAAAAGGAGAAAAAACAGGCAUUUGGCAUCACGUUGCCGCUCAUCACGAACGAGUCUGGCGAUAAAUUUGGGAAAAGUGCGGGCGAAGCGGUGUGGUUGGAUGAAAAUAAGACGUCUGCGUACUCGUUAUAUCAGUUUUUCGUGCGACAACCAGAUUCGGAAGUGGAAAAAUUGUUGAAACUUUUUACGUUUUUGCCCAUGAAUGAAGUUGAGGAGAUGUUGAAACGUCAUAAACGCACGCCAGAACUCAGGGAACCACAAAAUAAAAUUGCUGAUGAUGUCACGUUGUUGAUUCAUGGCAGAGAGGGACUCAAAAAGGCCAAAGAAGUGUCAAGUGCCUUGUUUAAAGGUGAUGCCACGAUAUUAGGGACGCUGCCGACGAAUGAAAUUAAGGAUAUUUUUAAAGGAGCUCCGGUGGUUGAUAUUUUGCUUGAGCCUGGAAUGACUGUUUUUGACUUGGUGACGCGAGUCAAAUGUUUUCCUACUGACAGAGACGCAUCUCGCAUCAUAAGCGCCGGCGGAUUCUACAUCAACCAGAAAAAAGUCACAAAUAUAUCGGAAGUCAUCUGUCCUGGCAUUCACAUCAUGCGGAAUGGCCUUUCGCUGUUGCGAGUUGGCAAACGAAAUUAUUACAUAGUAAAAUUUUUGACGUAG